UUUUGAGGUUUUAUUUUUUUCAUUCAUCAUUCAUACAUAACAUACAAUUAAUUAAAUCCUCAUCAUCAUUGUCAUUGUCAAAGAACAAGGUCUAGACGAGUCCAAGUCUGAUAAGCUUAUCUCUCCAUACCUAUACAUCGAUAACUACUCGGACGAGUAUAAACACAACUACAAUAAUCAAUUGAGAACAACCACAACAUCACAAUCGCAGCCAUGAAUGAGGCAGAUCGAGAAAUAGUACGCGCCGAGCGUGAUGCCUCUCCAGAACGUUAUUCCGUCGAAUCUCCCAUCCAUUCUCCUCUACCCCGCCAUCCUUCCCACGAAAUAGAACGUAUACCCACUGCAUCCUCCAUCUCGACCACUUCUUCCGAUGCCUCAAUUCGUCCUACAGUUUCUCGAGCUCCCACACAAGCUGAUUUAGAACGGCAUCCAACUGUUAUAUCUCGCAUUCAAACUGCGCGUUCGCAGCAUACGGGGACGGUAGGAAGAACUGCGACGGGAAGGAGUAGUAGACUUACCAGGAUAUUCAGUACGAAGGAGAAACCAUUACCGUUGAUGGGUCUAGGAAAGGAGUAUCCUCCAUUGCUACCGGCUCAAGAAGAAUAUGUAGUAGAAUUUGAUGGACCAGAUGAUCCGCUUCAUGCUGUCAAUUGGCCGAUGAAGAAGAAGGUUAUUACAGCAGUAAUGUUGGCUUAUACAACAUUAGUGUCAUCAUUUACAUCGAGUAUUUUCUCAACAGCAACCAGAGUUGUAGCAGCGGAAUACAAUGUUUCCACGGAAGUAGGAUUGUUAGGACUCUCGUUCUAUGUUUUAGGAUUCGCUUUUGGACCAAUAUUAUGGGCUCCUUUGUCGGAAUUGAAGGGAAGAAGAUUACCGAUUGUUCUCUCUAUGUUUGGAUUUUCGAUCUUUCAGGUUGCAGUCGCGGCGGCGAAGGAUUUACAAACAGUUUUGAUUUGUAGAUUUUGGGGAGGUAUGUUUGGUGCAGCUCCUCUAGCAGUUGUUGCAGCUGUUUUCUCGGACAUGUUCGAUAAUAAAACGAGAGGCCUUGCUAUUACCGUAUUUUCGAUGACAGUUUUCACUGGACCUCUUCUAGCACCUUUCAUUGGUGGAUUCAUCGUUGAAUCUCAUCUCGGCUGGCGUUGGACUGAAUGGUUGGUUGCUAUAAUGGGUUUUGCAGCAUUCAUCCUAGAUCUCUUCUUCCUUUCGGAAACCUACCCACCAGUCAUCCUGAUCGAAAAAGCAGCCGAGCUCAGAAGAAGAACCAAAAAUUGGGGUAUUCACGCCAAACAAGAAGAAAUCGAGAUUGAUUUCCGUGAAUUGGUCACCAAGAAUUUCUCUCGUCCUCUUAGACUUUUGGCAUCAGAACCUAUCGUUCUUUUUCUAUCUAUUUAUAUGGCUUUCAUCUACGGUCUUCUAUACCUCUUCCUUACAGCUUAUCCAAUCGUCUUCCAACAAAUCCACGGUUUCACAGGUGGCGUAGGCGGCCUCCCAUAUUUCGGUAUGAUCGUUGGAAUGUUAAUCGCAGGUAUCUACAUCGUUCUUACUCAACCAUCUUACAAUCGUAAAUUAGCAGCAAACAACGGUAUUCCGGUUCCUGAAUGGCGUCUUCCACCGGUGAUUAUUGGAGGAGUGAGUUUCGCAGCAGGACUAUUUUGGUUCGGUUGGUCGGGGUAUAGAGCUGAUAUUCAUUGGAUCGUUCCCACUCUUUCGGGUUUACUUACAGGAUUUGGACUUUUGGCAAUCUUUUUGCAAAGUUUGAAUUAUCUUGUGGAUGCAUACCUUAUGUUUGCAGCAUCGGCUAUUGCGGCAAAUACAUUGUUGAGAUCGUUGGCAGGAGCGGGAUUCCCGUUGUUUUCACAAUAUAUGUUCAAGGCAAUGGGAGUCAAUUGGGCGGGAACACUGUUGGGUUGUGUAGCACUUGUGUUGGUGCCGAUUCCAGUGUGCUUUUAUAUGUAUGGAGAGAAGCUCAGGGCGAAGAGUAAGUUUGCGCCGAUUUAUCCCACGCAGCAGGCUCCGAGGGAUGAGGAGGAAGGAGGGAGUACGAGUACGAAUGGGAAUGGAGAAAUCGAUAGAGAUGUUAAUGGAAAGGAGAAGGGAGAGGAGGCUAGAGUUUAAUUUGAAGAGAGGGGCGGGGUGUAGGUGAAUGGAUUAUGAUUUCAUGAGGAGAUGAAAGAUGGAAGAUGGAAGAUAAAGAUACCAAUAUUAGAUAAUUGCAUGGGGAUGGGAUGAAGAAAAAGUAAAUAUUUACAGUGGAUAUAAGGAUUGAAUGGGAAUGAAAAGGAAAGGAAAAGGAAAAGGAAAUAAGCGAUAUCCAGGAGUUUGAGAGUUAAGCGAUGAAUAAUAGAUACCUAAUUAACGAUGACCUUUUUGAAAGAAAGUGGGGUUGUAUUAUGGUGUUUGUAUAUAUUACUUGAGUAGAGUGGUGGGGUUUAGAUUGUGUGGUAGUAGUAGUAGUUGGUAGUGUAAUGGUUGGUAGUAUAGUAGUUGGUAGUAUAGUAGAUGGUAGUAUAGUAGUUGGUAGUGUAAUAGUUGAUAGUGUUAAUGUUAGUGUUAAUGUUAGUGUUAUUGUUAGUGU